UAGUACAUUUAUUAGUUCUAAAUAUAUCCUACGAGUCCAAAGCACUUCCUAGAAAUGGGUGAAAAAUUACCAUUCUUAAAGUAGCAUUGAAAAUUGAAAAACUCAUCCAUCUUGAGUUCUUCAAUUCAUUCGAGAUUUAAUCCAUAAACGGAAUAAUUAGAAACGUAGACACGUCAGUCAUCUUCAAUCUAUACUAAUAGUAAUAUUGGUCCAAACGAAUCAAAAUCGAUUCGGGUCAAACAUGGAUCGGUCUUCAUCGGAGAAGAAUCUCAUACUCGUCAACCGCGAACCGAACGGCAUCGCGGUGAUUACGAUCAACCGUCCCGACGCUCUCAACUCGCUGACUCGGGCGAUGAACGUGGACAUGGCUCAGGCUUUCAAGAGCCUGGACCGGGACGAAUCCGUUCGGGUGAUUAUAUUAACCGGAUCGGGUCGAUCAUUCUGUGCCGGCGUUGAUCUCACCGCGGCGGAGGAUGUUUUCAAGGGCGAUGUUAAGGAUCCGGAGAGUGAUCCGGUCGUGCAAAUGGAGCGGUGCCGUAAACCGAUAAUCGGUGCUAUUAAAGGAUUUGCAGUCACCGCUGGUUUCGAGAUUGCGCUGGCUUGUGAUAUUUUGGUUGCUGCUAAGGGAGCCAAAUUCAUGGACACUCAUGCUAGAUUUGGGAUAUUCCCGUCGUGGGGCUUGUCUCAGAAGCUUUCGCGCAUUAUAGGAGUAAAUAAAGCCCGGGAGGUUUCGCUUACGGCCACACCUUUGACUGCAGAGGUGGCUGAAAAGUUGGGUUUUGUGAACCAUGUUGUUGAGGAGGGUGAAUUGAUGAAGAAAAGCAAAGAAAUUGCAGAAGCUAUUGUGAAAAAUAACCAAGACUUGGUGUUGAAGUACAAGUCAGUGAUAAAUGAUGGCAUUAAGCUUGAUCUUGGCCAUGCUCUUUCUCUUGAAAAGGAGAGGGGCCAUGACUAUUAUAAUGGAAUGACCAAGGAGCAAUUCAAGAAAAUGCAGGAAUUCAUAGCAGGAAGAAGUUCCAAAAAACAGUCCAAACUAUAGGUCCCAAACUGUAAAGUUACAUGUGUUGCUUCUCAUAAAAACCAACACACGUUGUUUAUCAUAAUGAAUUAGAAUUAUAUCCCCUGAUAAAAGUUCCUUAAUAUCAAAUUAAAUAUCUUUAA